AAAUCAGUUCUGCUUAAACUGUGGAAGCUUUCAAUAAGUUUCGAGUCCUUAAUUUUUAUCACAUCAUUCUUGGUUACCACUCGUCAAUUGACGAGAUUUCUUGUGUUUCAAAAGUAUCAGUUAAAGUUCUUAAUCUAAUCAGCACCCAACAAUAUGCAACAAUUAUCAUUGUUAACAGUUUUAUUGGCAGGCUGCCUGAGAAUUGGUUUGGCUCAAAAUGGUUACAAUUACGAUCGUCCGGAGAAUUCUGGCCGUCCAGGAGGAUUCCAAGGUUCAACUGGUCCACAAACUGCUUUUCCACCAACAUCUAACAAUCCAACAUUCUCUCAAUCUUCUUUUGCAUCUAAUCAAGUGUCAGGUGGCGGAUACAACUACCCACCUCAAAUGGAUGAACUUCCUUCAGGGUCUUCAGGAACCACUGGAUAUCCAUCACAACGUCCGUCAGGAAAUGGAUACUCACCACAGGGUGGAACUUCUGCAGGUCAGCCUUACCCAUCAGCUCAAACACCUUCAACAGGCGGUUCUUAUCCUGGCACUCAGGGACCUACUGCCGGUGGUUCUUAUCCUUCUUCAAGUCAAGGACAAAGACCUACAGGCCCAGCCACAGCACCACAACGCCCUUCAUCAAUUGGUUCUCAGCCAGCAUAUGGUGGAUCACAGCAACGACCAACUGGCAAUGGAUAUGGACCCAACACUCAAGGAAAUCAAGGUGGCAACAACAAUGGUGGAGUAAUCCAAAAAGAUGAGAAUGAAGAAGGAGAUUAUUCCGCUAUUCCCGGAGAACCCGAAACUGACUAUCCAAUUUAUUCCGAAAUUCCUGAAACUUCAUUUGAUUGCAGUCAACAAGAAUUUCCAGGAUAUUAUGCUGAUGUUGAUACUCGUUGUCAAGUAUUCCAUAUCUGUGCAAUGAAUAGAACUUUUGAUUUUCUUUGUCCAAAUGGAACAAUUUUCUCUCAAGAACAUUUAGUUUGCGUAUGGUGGAACCAAUUUGAUUGUAGUUCAGCCCCAGGCCUUUAUGCUAAUAAUGCAAACAUUUACGAUUAUUCACAAAAUGGAGAACAAAAUAAUAAUGGACAAGGGCAAGGGCAAAAUCAAGGAGGUGUGGCUAAUGACUUUGUUGGUGGCGGAGCUUCAAACUCUCCAUAUCCAAAUGCAGGUCGUCCACAAGGUCCUACAAAUUCUGGCUUCGGUGGCGGUUCUACAGGUCCAAGCGGCUCAUAUCCAAAUGGCCCUUCAAAUUACCAGCCUUCAGCUCCAGCUGGUAGUGGCAACUAUCCAGGUGCAACAGGCGGUUCAGGUUACCCUGGUACAGGUCAAACUACUGGACCUGCUGGUUUCAAACCUUCUGGCCCUUCCCAAUAUCCUAGCACCCAAGGACCUUACCCAAGUGGUGGUUCAGCUGCCCCACCUUCCAAUGUGCCAUCUUCAUCUUAUGUUCCACCCCAAGGAUUCCCACCACAAGCUGAUUCUCCCUACCCAACUGCCGGAUCACCACAAUCACCAAACAGAGAAUAUUUGCCACCACGACGAGGAUAAAUUAAUGUCAACUGUGGCUUACAAUAUUUUAUUCACACUCAUGAGUCAUUCUUAUGAAAAAGCAUGAAAAAAUAAGGAAGUGAUAAAUAAUUCACACAUUGACAUUCUUUUGUACAUUUUACUUAAUUUUCUUAUAAACAGCACGAACAAAUAUUGCACAAACCCUUCCCGACAAAUAUUAGGCACGAAAAGAAUUUACAUGAAAAAUGAUCUCUAACAACUCUUUCUGGAACAAAAAAAAAAGAUUCAAACUAACAUUUCAAAACUUUUCAUAUCUCGAUUUACAUACGAAUAUUCAUCAAUCAUCUUCAGUUACCUAAUAAGUUACCAUUUCUUUCCAGUUAUUUCAAAUAUUAGUGUAAUUUACAUAAUUUAAGCAUGAAAAUGAAAUUUUUUAGAAAUUGUUCUAUGAAAGGUAUAAGAAUAUGAUGAUGAGAAGAAAAUAUAUGAAUUCAAUGAUGUCAAACUUAAAAAAUGAUUUUGUUGAUGUUGUCGCAUUAUUAUUGUAGUUUAAGUGCCGACUCGUGACUCGUUUACUUGCAGGUUUUG